CUCCGCAGAGAAGUGAGCGGAUGACUGACCAUGGGGCCCCUGAGUCGUGAAGCCUGGGCUCAGCGCCUGGGGGCUUUCCGAGCCAGCCCAUCGGCCUUCCUGGCAGGUGCCGAAGGUGAGGAUUUGGGUCGUGACCUACUGAGUGACCUAAGGAGUGAAAAGCUAAGCGAGCAGACCAAGGUUUCGCUACUGACGCUGAGCUUGGAGUACUCUGACAAACUGUGGCCUGAUGCACCUGCCGCGGAGGCUGCUGCCACCUCCUUGUUGGACACGCUCGUCCUGCUGCCCUCAAGACCUUCAGCUCUCCGGAGGCUCCUGUUGUUGGCGGCCACCACAGCCCUGGUGUCAGGAGGUGCUCUUGGACCCACUUCAGGAGCUUCCUGCCGGCUCCUGCCCUUACUCCUUGGCUUAGCUUCUGGCCGAGACCUGGGACGCAGCUUUGGGACCGCCUCAGAACAGCGCCACCUACAGGCCACAGCGUGCGAAUGCCUCGGAGAACUUGAGCGUUAUAAGCCUGGGCUACUGGCUGGCUCCCUGGGGAUGCUGCGGAGCCUCCUAGGGCAAAUGGGUCCCAUCCAGCCCGUCAGCCUUCUGCUGGCCCUCGCUCUGCACGACGCCUUGCUGCUACAGUCCAGGUCUGGGGCUGGCCUACAAAGCCAGCUUGUGGAUGGGGUCUCCUCCACUGGGAGUUGUCUCUGGGACUGGACACUAGCUGAAGAGUGGGAUGCCCAUCCGAAGCCACAGGCGCCUAGCUGGCCCCCAGCUGAGGAGGAGGAGGAGCGCGGCUUUCCAGUGCUGGAGCCUAGCCCUGGCGACACCCGAGAGCUGAAGGCUGCAGUGGCCCAGCUUCUGGACACUUCCUACCUGCUCACUCCUGUGGCUCAGGCUCAGCUUCUAUGGCUGUUGGGCUGGGCCCUUCGGGGUCUUCGGGGACAGCCGCCAGUGAUUUUCAAGCCACAGCUAGUUCGGCUGCUGGGCACGGCACAGCUGACACUGUUGCACUCAGUCCUGUCUCUCAAGGCAGCCUUUGGUGAGGCCCUGUUCACUGCCCAGGAUGAAGCUCUGUUGCUCCGCAGGCUCACCUUGGCAGCCCAGCACCCAGCCUUGCCCUCACCCACACACCUCUUUUACUUGCACUGCAUUCUGAGCUUCCCUGAGAACUGUCCACUAGGUCCAGAAGGGGAAGAGGCUGCCCCCCUGCUGUUGGGGCCCCAGCUAUGCCGGGGCCUCAUGCCCAGUCUCCUGCAUGACCCAAUGGUCCUCCUGGCCCGCCUGCAUUUGCUGUGUCUGCUCUGCGAUGAAGACGAGGAAGAGGAGAAAGGCCAGGUUCAGGGCCCACAGUGGUACCUACAGGAGCUGCUGGCUGGCCUACGGCAGAGGGCUGCCAUGGAUGGUGGUCCCCGGGCCUUGGCCACUCUCUGUUUUCAGGCCUCAUACCUUGUCGCUAGCUGCAUGGCUGGGCAAGCUACAAUGCGGACGUCCUUGAUCCAUGGACUGGCCCAGCUUUACCGAGCUCGGCCUUCCCUGGCUCCCCACUUCGUGGACCUCUUAGAUCAAGUUGGCCCUAGGCUGAGAGAGCCCCUCAGGGAGGUGCUGCAACACGAGGUGGUAGCCAGGCCAGGCGAGAAGGAAGCACUUUGUUGGCACCUGAGAAUGCUGGCAAAGGUGGCAGAAGGAGAUGCUCAGAGCGCCACCCUCAGCUUUCUACAGGCUGCAGCCGUGCACUGCACCGACUGGGGCCUACAGCAGGCCCUACUGCGCGUGUGCCGAGCUCUGCUGCGGACUGGUGGGGGAGCCGCGCUGGCCGACUUGCUGCAGGUGCUGGCCAGACAGCUAGAGGGCGCUGAUGGGCGGGACCAUGCCCGGCUGUACUACAUCCUUUUGUCCCAUUUGUCCAGUCCCAAGUUGGGGACGGCCCUGGGACCCUCCCUUGCUGUCCCUGCAUUGGCCUCAUCACUGGCAGCUGAGAACCAGGGCUUUGCAUCAACACUGAUGGUGGUACAGGAGACCCUGGCUCCAAUCCGUCUAACUGUGGGGCCUCAGAAGGCCAAAGGCCCAUGCCUCGUGCUGCGUCUGCAGGCGGAGGCACUGGAGGCCCCUGUCUACUCUCUGGAGCUGCGCUUCCGCGUGGAAGGACAGCUCUAUGAGCCUUUGCAGGCUGUCCACAUACCCUGUCUGCGUCCAGGAUGGCCUGCCCAUCUGCUGGACCUGCCCUUGCAACCCCGACGCCCAGCCCCCACCUGCCUGCAUGUCCAGGCCCUUUACACCACACCGGCUGGCCUCACAUGCCAUGCCCACCUGCCAACCCUGUCUGUGAACUUCUCGGACCUCUUCUUGCCUUUCCCCCAGCUCCCCAAGGGCUCUGAGCUGCAUUUCUUUGAUGAGCUCUGGAACUCCUGCCUGCCGAAGGGUGUAGAAAGUCGCGUGUGGUGUCCACUUGGGCCACGGGGCCUGGAGGCCUUGGUGUCGGAACACCUAGAACCCUUUGUUGUGGUGGCUCAGCCCCCUACCACCUACCUCAUAGCUGUCCGCCUUCCCCCUGGCUCCGUGCUGCUGCUGCGGCUGGAGGCAGCUCAGGUGGAUGGUGUGCCUGUGGCCGUAAGGACCGAUGACUGGGCCAUACUGCCCCUGGUUGGGAACUACCUCCGAGGGCUUGCAGCCCACUAAGUAAUGCCAGGUGGGACAGGACUUAUGGCUGGUCCAAGAGAUUGCCAAAGGAGCAUACUCUCGCAGCUCCUGCCCCAUAAAAUCACAUCCACUGACAGCUCUUGACUGGCUUGUUUUCUUUUGGACUGUUGUUGGGAGCAGACUUCCUGGGGUUGGGUCA